AUGAGAACCAACCAAUGUUGGCGAGCACCACCGAGCAGAGUAGCCAUGGAAGCCGUCUCUUUCAUCAGAGUUUCCCUCUUCCCUUCUUCUCCAUCCUUAUCCAAACACGUUCUAAUUACUCCAUCAAUCUACAGGGCAAAACCAAUUAAGCAAAUCUUUAUCCAAUUGACACCACUCUCAGCAACUCGUAAUUCCCCAAAAGGGUUUGGUCCUUCCCGGCGAAAGAAACCCAAUCGGAAAAGGAAACCCAGAAAAGACUAUGAAGAUGACGAUGAAGAUGAAGAAGAAGAGGAGGAAGAGGAAGAAGAAGAAGAAACAGGGGAAGCUGGGAUUAUUCCGGAGGUGGUGACGAAUAGGAUGAUUAACAGGAUUGGAUUAUCAGUUGGGAUUCCUCUAUUCGUGGGGAUAUUGUUCUUCCCUUUCUUCUAUUACUUGAAAGUAGGGUUGAAGAUUGACGUGCCGACUUGGAUUCCUGUUAUCGUGUCCUUUAUCUUCUUUGGAACAGCUCUUUUAGGGAUCAGCUAUGGAAUCGUCUCCGCCAGCUGGGAUCCUUUGAGGGAAGGAUCCCUUCUUGGUUGGAAAGAGGCUCAGAGUAAUUGGCCUGUUUUCUGGCAAUCUCUAAGGGGCGGCGGUGGCGGCGGCGGCCGUGGAUCGAAGAACAAUUAGUUGCUAAAACUUUCUCUCCCUCUUUCUUAAUUGGAGUUUUGAGGGUUUUUCAUAUAGAGAAGUAAUUCUUGAUUUUAUUAAUGACUUCUUCAUUUUGUAUGCUCAAUCUAUUUUCAUAAUUAUAUUUUAUAUUAACUCA